GCCACAGUCUGUCCGCCUUCUAUUCGACGGGCCUGAGUACGUUUGGCCUCCGCAGUUUCCGAGCUUGCAUCUCACAGUAUCUCAUCUCAACUUAGCUUUUUUUUCGCCCUUUCAGCCCAAACUGGCACAACCGCCGCGAAUCAGGAUCCAACCAUCUUUCCGCGCAUAGUCAUCAUGACCUACUAUACGUAAUUGUAGAUCAUUCCAGAGCUCGGUUGAAACAAACUCGCACCCGCAUCUUACAUGCUCUCGCGCCUGCUUCCAACGGGAAGUUUCAGAAAUUCGCCCUUGUUCUGUUUCUCCUGCAACGCCCUGGACGCCAGACACCAGAUUUGUCGACACAUCACAUGACCCAUCAACAUGGAAAUCUGGGCUUUUGCCGUGUGCUGAGCUCCAUCACUUCGGCUCUUGCCGAUGGCAGACGCAAGUGAGAUGCAGGUUUCCUGCCGGGGCUUCAGGUUAAGGUCCGGUUGGCGUUGCAAAUCCCACGAUCGGCCCUAUCUCCAUCAAUCUGCAGAUGCAACCAAGCUACAAGGAUUCUGGGUCGGUUGGCAGCUUAUCGUCAGUAGCAAAGGCUCAAAUUGCCAUUGGUUCUGCCAAGCAACUGCCUUCUGGAGCUGCUCAGCCUUUCACCACGGUAAUCCUGAUGAAAACGCGAUAGCUAGCCCGAUGGCAUUGAUCUGCACUACUGGGACAUCCUGGUUCACUCUGGGCUGCAAGCUACCAAGUAUCUAUCAUGCAUCCCGGUUUGUCGUCUGGUGCCUGCCGAAAGGUAUCUACUUGUACACUGCUGUACAGGUUGUAAGUCAAAGUCCGAGAGCCUUUCCGUUCGUUUUACCAUUCCAUAUCUUGCCUCACAUCCUCGAGCUGGGCACGACAUACCCAGUUCUUGGGGAGAUUGAGGGCGAUGACAAAUAUGCAGAUGCUAUGUCCAAGGUCUUGCAGGGAUACCCUCUUUGCUAUCUCUUCCAAUCUAGUGGGAAGACCUCACUCAAGCUUUGAGCCCUCAUGCUUUACAAGGUUGGCAUCUUGUUAGUAUGCAAGCAGAAGGCAAAAGGCUAGCAAAUGACAGGCUGCUCCCAUGCUUGCGGCACCACAUUUGAGACGCCGAUCUCC